UCGUGCGCUCGUUCUUUCCAAGUUCUCUCGUGCGUCGCGUCGCGUCGGAUGGAAGUAUGUGCGAAUAACAGCGCGCGCGCGCGGCCCUUUUAUCCACGGGAUAAUUAUGUUCGGUGCUGUUUUAACGUGAUCGACAGUGAAUAGUGUACCAUGUUCCGCUGCAUUCCAAUUUUUAAAGGGUGUAACAGGCAGGUGGAAUACGUUGACAAGCGUCAUUGCUCGCUGCCAUGCGUCCCCGACGAUAUCCUGCGAUACUCGAGGAGUUUGGAGGAGCUUCUACUGGACGCGAAUCACAUUCGUGAUCUACCAAAAAAUUUCUUCCGACUCCAGCGGCUACGAAAACUUGGCCUGAGCGACAAUGAGAUACAUCGUUUGCCACCGGACAUUCAAAAUUUCGAAAACCUCGUCGAGUUGGACGUGUCCAGAAAUGAUAUACCAGACAUUCCUGAAAAUAUCAAGAAUUUACAAGCGCUACAGGUGGCAGAUUUCAGCAGUAAUCCUAUUCCAAGGCUUCCAGCAGGAUUUGUACAGCUGAGAAAUUUAACUGUACUCGGACUUAAUGAUAUGUCCCUUACAAACUUGCCAUCUGAUUUUGGAAGCUUGGAGGCAUUGCAGUCACUGGAAUUAAGAGAAAAUUUGCUCAAAUCCUUGCCUGAAUCGCUCUCCCAACUUUUAAAACUCGAACGAUUAGAUCUCGGUGAUAAUGAGAUUGAAGAGUUGCCUGCACAUAUAGGACAAUUACCAGCAUUACAAGAAUUGUGGCUGGAUCACAAUCAGUUGCAACACUUGCCACCUGAAAUUGGCGAAUUAAAAACGCUAGCGUGUUUAGAUGUUUCGGAAAAUCGUUUAGAGGAUCUUCCUAAUGAAAUUGGCGGAUUGGAAUCAUUAACAGACUUGCAUUUGUCACAGAAUGUUAUUGAAAAGUUACCUGAUGGGCUCGGCGAAUUGAAAAAGUUAACUAUUCUUAAAAUAGAUCAAAAUAGACUUUCUACCCUAAAUCCAAAUAUAGGAAGGUGCGAGAAUUUGCAAGAGUUAAUUCUUACAGAGAAUUUUCUUUUAGAGCUACCUUUGUCUAUAGGCAAACUUUAUAAUUUAAAUAAUUUGAAUGUUGAUAGAAAUAGUCUGCAAUCUUUACCGAUAGAAAUUGGAAAUCUGAAGAAAUUGGGUGUAUUGUCUUUAAGAGAUAAUAAAUUACAGUAUCUUCCGACUGAAGUGGGACAGUGUACUGCUCUUCAUGUUUUAGAUGUAUCUGGCAACAGAUUACAUUAUUUACCAUAUUCUUUAAUUAACCUAAAUCUGAAGGCGGUAUGGUUAAGCGAAAAUCAAGCGCAACCUAUGUUAACGUUCCAAACAGAUGUUGAUGAGGAAACAGGACAAGAAGUGCUAACAUGUUUUCUUUUACCUCAAUUGGAAUUUCAUCCUGAUGAUUCGGGUAGAUUGGGAAUGUUAGUUGGUAUGAGAAAUGUUCAAGGUUGUGAAAUGCGUGAGCUGACGAGUAGCGAUGAUGAAGGUUGGCAAGAAAGAGAAGCCUCAAGAACGCAUUCCGUGAAAUUUACUGACGAGCCACCUGAAACUGAUAAAGAGAUUCCAUUUAUACGUCAAAACACACCACAUCCAAAAGAAUUAAAAGCUAAAGCGCAUAAGUUAUUUAGCAAAGGAAAAAGUGAAAGUCGAUCAGAAUCUACGGAUGAACAGGAUGUUUCUCAAACAUUUGGAUUAGAUAAAACAGAAUCUGAACCACCAAUCAAUUCUGUAGAUGUGCCAGAAUGUGUUUCUGAGCAAGAGGAAUAUGUAGAAUGCAAUAUUGUACAAGAAGAUGAUCAUAAAAUGCCAGCACUUGACAUUGAUGCUGAUAACACAGAUACUCAACUUAAUAAGGAAGGAAAUAAUCUUCCCAUUCAAUCUGUCACGGAAUUUCACACAAAUGCAAAAACUGAAAAUUCUGUCCCAGAAUCAAAAGAAAAAGAUGAAGAAGAAUCUGAAAAUGAAGAUGUGCAAAGACACGUUGAAUUCAGUAUUGUAGAAGAUGCAAAUAACGAAGAUGUUUGUGAUUCAAAUAAACCCAAUAAACUUCAACGUAGAGACACUCCACAUCAUCUGAAAAAUAAACGGAUUCAUACAACAGUUGAUAAAGAAAAAGUUGCUUCUAUUAUUGCUCAGGCACUUAUGAAAAAAGUUGAUGAGACUUCUACAUCUUUACCAUCACAAGUAGAAUCUAUGGAAACAUUUGACACGCACAGUCAAGAUGCUACAUCUGAUAUUGAACCAGCGUUGGAAAUACGGGAAGAGCAAUAUGAAAUUCAUAUUGAAAGAACGACACGUGGAUUAGGUUUGUCAAUAGCUGGUGGUAUCGGAUCGACUCCUUUUAAAGGCGACGAUGAAGGCAUCUUUAUUUCAAGAGUUACUGAAGGUGGACCUGCAGAUUUAGCUGGCUUGAGGAUAGGAGAUAAAGUAAUAUCUGUGAACGGAGUAUCGGUAGUAAAUAUAGAUCAUUAUGAUGCUGUAGAAGUAUUGAAAGCAUGUGGACGUGUACUUGUGUUAGUUGUUAUAAGAGAAGUUACAAGGAUAAUUCCGCCAUAUGAACAGGCACCAACGAGAAAAGAUUCCGUAUGUUCUAGCUUAAGUACAAGUAGAGCACCAAGUGCAACAUCUUACGUUUCAUCUACUGCAUUAUCACAUACUUUAGAAAAUGGCGACACAUCUAUAUCUCAUGAAACUACGAAGACAAAAAAGAUUCCGGAGCCUAUAAUGACUGUAAAAGAUACUGAACCUAUGGUAUCCGUUCUUUUUCACACAACAUUAAUACGAGAUCAAAAUGGACUUGGAUUUAGUAUUGCCGGUGGAGAAGGUUCGCCACCAUUUAAGGAUAAUAGCGAUGCAAUUUUUAUCUCGAGAAUAACAGAUGGUGGAGUUGCUCAAAAAGAUGGCAAAUUAUUGAUUGGAGACAAAGUAAUAUCUAUCAAUGGUGUAGAUAUGAGAGGAGCGAAACACGAACAAGCAGUGGCUUUACUUACAGGUUUAGAAAGAUUUGUUCGAUUAGUAGUCGAACGAGAAAUACCACUUUCUCAAGCAAAUCUUGCAACUGUUGUAACUCCUUCUGAAAAAUCGCCACGUGUUAUAGGUGCACCAAAACCUUACACAGGCUUAUACAAUGCUAAUAGUUAUAUGGCAAAUAGACCUGGGUAUGGUGGAUAUCGUCGCUCCAUGGAUGUUGACAAAGCAUUGACACCGAGUCCUACUUCAAAAACACCACCGUCGCCACCGGCAUUACAAGUAAAAUCUGACGAGAUGCCUAAAAUGAAUGGUGUAACUGAUUCAGGAAACACUCUGAAGAAUAUUUCACCAAUAUCUCCCAGCUCGACAAAUAAUCAAACGUAUCCACAACCAGCUCCAAGACAUAGUGUUUCGCAGACGACGCCUACAAAUAAUGUUGGUUCUGCAGUUAUGACUCCUCAUGUAGAGCCUAGACCAGCAUCUCCACAAGAAGACAUACAGGUACCGAAGCCAAUCACCAACGAGGAAUUUCAAGCUAUGAUCCCCGCUCAUUUCCUUCGACCUCCAACAUCCUCGCCUUCACCAGACUCCCAUCAGGGCCCCACUGUGACAGUGACGAUAAAGCAGCCCGAUACUUUGCCUGGAGAUGUUAAUUUUCCUCCAGCUCCUACCACACUCGGUAAAGUUACUGAGACCAUCACAAAGAGUACACUCACCGAGACCGUCGUAACUAGAGUGACCGACAACCAGUUGGUGCAACCACUUAUUAUCGAGGACGUCGUUCUUGUCAAAGAAGGCUCCUUAGGUUUCAGUAUCAUAGGAGGAACUGAUCAUUCGUGUACACCGUUUGGUGCAAAGGAACCAGGAAUUUUUAUAUCUCACGUUGUUCCUGGUGGCAUAGCAGCCAAGUCCGGUAAACUAAAGAUGGGUGAUAGGAUAUUGAAGGUGAAUGGUACAGAUGUAACAAAAGCUACGCAUCAAGAAGCAGUAAUGGAACUUCUAAGACCAGGCGAUCAAAUCGUGCUUACUAUUCAACAUGAUCCACUUCCAGAAAGUUAUCAGCUGGUCGAAAUAGAGUACAUCCCUGUGACAGAAUUAGUAAUAACAAAGGAAGCUGGUGAGAAACUUGGUAUGCAUAUUAAAGGAGGGCGAAGAGGACAGAAAGGCAAUCCUUUGGAUCAUACCGAUGAGGGCGUUUUUAUAUCGAAGAUUAAUUCGGGUGGUGCAGCUAAGAGGGAUGGACGAUUAAAAGUUGGAAUGAGGUUAUUGGAAGUCAAUGGCACAUCGUUAUUAGGUGCGACUCAUCAGGAAGCUGUUAACAUUCUUCGUUGCUCAGGGAAUACUAUUACGUUGGUUGUGUGUAAAGGUUAUGAUAAAAGUGAAGUUGAAUCAAUAUUAACAUUAUCCGAUGAUAAAGAUAAUAAAGAAGUUAAAACGUCUCACGAUUCAAGAGAUCCAACUACGGAUGAUACUAAAUCACUGUCACAAAGUAUAUCCAGUUUAGAUCGAGAUGAUGAGGAAGCUGCAAUUCUUAGACAAGAACAAGAAAUGAAAGCUGAACUUGUUGCUUGGGAACAAGAAGAACGAGAACGUGCACUUAUAGAACAAAGAGAGAAAUCCACACCUGAAAAGGUAUUGGACGUUGUACGUGCAGCAGAAUCAUUAGUAAGCAAAUCAAAUAGUCCUGUUGAUAUGGUUGUACCACCAAAGUCACCCGGGGGCACUAAAGAUCUCAAAACUACUACGAUUGUUAUGAGUAAACAUACACUAGCACCUCAAAAUCCUAAUAGCUCAAGAACAAAUGAGACAUCUGGAACGUCAAAGGAUUUUUCUUCGUCCAAGUCAUCAACAAUCCCUGACCUUCCUAAGGCAGCAAAUUUUGAACGUUGUACUUCAAUGCAAACUUUAUCAUCUCGAACGAAAAAAAAAUCUUUGCCAAAACGCAGUAUUACAUUUGCCGAUCUGCCACCGUCUUUAAAAAAGAGUUCAGAUUCUAUCGUUUAUUCGUCCCACAUUAAGCCUACUCUAUCUAAACUUGAACAAUCAAAUCGGCCAUUGCAGGAAGCAUCUACUUCUUUUCCACAAGUUAUUUCCUAUCAAACACCUGCACGUUUCCAACUUCCCCCAACACCUCUAACUGCUCCUGAAUGCUGGGAAAAUCUUGAUACUUCGGCUUCUUUUAGCAAACGACAGAUAGCACGUUCUGUUGAUGGAAAUGUUCGGGUUGAGCAAUCUCCAACUUCAUCUCCAACACCACCAUUAACAAAAAUGUCAGUCAGCGAUAAAAAGAAGUUAUUUGAAAGUGCCAUGGAAGAACAUUUGAAACCGUCGCCUAAACCAGAUAAAAUAUUCAGUUUUUUAAGUCAAGAUGAGGUAGAAAAAAUGAGACAAGAGGAAGAAAAAAAAAUUGCAACUUUGACGCGAGAUGAACUCAAAUCAUGGGCACAACUUGAUGAUAACGAAGGUCUUGAAGAUUUCGAUACAAUGGAUGAUCAGGAUAAUGGACGACCUAAUAGUCGACUGAGCUCGCGAACUUCGAUCCCUCUUAUUCAGAAUAUUCCCAGCAGCGUACGGACAGCAAAAGCGGAACGUCGUUUUAAAGAAUCUCUUAAUGAAAAGGGCCUUAUUCCGGAUGAGAAUGAGGAACACAUUUUAAGUCCUGCAGAACAGCGAGCGCUUCAAGCGGAGAAACGUGCUGCUUGGCGACAAGCGCGUUUUAAAUCUCUCGAGCAGGAUGUGCUCCAAGCACAAAUCUUUAUUAGAAAGAUGAAUGAAAUAACGGAUAUUGCUAAUAAAGAAGAUACGACUGCAACCGUAUCUACUCCUGAUCAAGAGAAAGCAGUCGAGUUUACUACGUUACGGCCGUCUAGCGCAGAUUUUCCUAAACUCGCUGUGCGCAGUAAAGUGGGUCCUCCUAAAGAGAUACGCGAAUCUGAGAAAGUAGUGGACGAGAAGGUCACUCAGCGUACCGAGGAAUAUACUGAUGAAGUGACCGGCGAACGUCGUGUACGAACUGUCGAAUACGUCGAGAAGCUCAUUGAGCAUCAGGUGGAAACUUUGAGGGAGAAAAUUAUAUCAUUGGAAUUAAGCAAUGCAGAAGAGGAUGUAGAAAGUAUAACUGGCACUGGUGCAAGCGAUGCUGAAAGUGAAAGUGAAGAUAUUACAAGACAAAAUGUGGCUGUUAGUACCGUAAAAGAAAAAACAGAUUCUCAUCUUACGACUAACACAUCUGAAAUUGCAAAUGAAACGUCUACUAAAACAAAUGCAAAUCUUACUGCAUCUACAAAAAAGAAGAAACGUAAACGAUCAAAAAAAGGUCGUCACUAA